UUCAAACUUUGCACUUAAUUUCAGCCAGCCCUUGAGAGUGGGUGUGGUUCAUCCGGCCUGCCCCAUAGGAGGCGACCAAAACCCUUGGGGCGGAGCGCUAAGCCGGCGCUAGUAGCGUUGGUAGUGAUGCAACAAGAACAACCGGCGGCAGCAAGUGGCGAGCAGGCAGCCGCAAAGACUCCGGCUCCGGACGAUCCGGGCCCGCCGCUGCGACCGCCUAAGCCGGUUAUUAUCGCCGAUCUCAACGUCGACCCUCCCGAGAGCGACGGCGAGGACUGCACCUUCGUCCCCGUUUCCGAAUCUCCUGUCAGGAGCAGCAAUGAUGACACGACUCAAUCAAAAAAUGUUGUAAUAAUCAAAGAUCCUGAUGUCAUUGAAAGUGAAGAAUUGGAUCAACAAUGCCAUGGCGUCUCCCUUUCCCGCGAAGAAAAAGUCACUACAAUAAAAGCUGGUUUGGUUCAAGUUGCACGAAAAAUGCCCAAAAAUGCUCAUGCACACUUCCUACUUGGUCUGAUGUACCAGAGAUUGGGUCAGCCUCAAAAGGCAGUUGCAGCAUUUGAAAAAUCAUCAGAGAUAUUGCAAAGGGAUGAAGAAGAAAUUCGCAGACCAGAUUUGCUCUCUCUAGUACUCAAUCACCAUGCACAGUGCAUUUUGCAGGUAAACACAUGUGAUAGCUCAGAUAAAGAACUGGAACCUAGUGAACUAGAUGAGAUUCUUACAAGGAUGAGAGAUUCAUUGCACUUAGAUGCCAAGCAAGCAGCAGUUUGGAACACACUUGGGCUUAUACUUCUUAGAACCGGUCGUUUUCAGAGUGCAAUUACUAUUUUAUCUUCUAUAUUGGUUAUCACGCCAGACUACUUGGACUCACUUGCUAAUCUUGGCAUUGCAUACCUUCAAAGUGGAAAUUUGGAACUUUCUGCAAAAUGUUUUCAAGAUUUGAUUCUGAAGGACCAAAAUCAUCCUGCUGCUCUGAUCAACUAUGCCACCUUUCUUUUGUGUAAAUAUGGUUGUGUUAUUGCAGGACCUGGUACCAAUGCUGGUGAAGGUGCUUAUCCAAAUGAAGUUGAAGCUGCAACUGUGGCAAGGGACUGCUUAUUAGCAGCAGCAAAAGUUGAUCCUAAAUCUGGGCCGUUAUGGAUUAAUCUUGCUAAUGUAUAUUAUUUGAUUCAUGACUAUAACAAUGCAAAGAAAUGUUUGGAAAAGGCAGCCAAGCUGGAGCCCAAUCAAAUGGCAGCCCGGUAUGCCAUUGCUCUUCAACGGAUCAAAGAUGCUGAACGGUUUCAAGAAUGUAGUGAUCAGAUAUCAUGGGCAGCAAACGAGAUGGCUUCUAUUCUUAAGGAAGGAGAUCCUGCAAUGAUUGAUCUUCCAAUAACCUGGGCAGGCUUGGCAAUGGCUCACAGAGUAGAACAUGAAAUUACGGCAGCAUGUGAAAGUGGACAAAAGGAGCUUGCAGAGGUUGAGGAGCGGGCUCUUUAUACAUUGAAGCAGGCAAUUGAAGAGGGUCCAAAUGAUGCGGCGCAAUGGCAUCAACUUGGCCUACACAAUCUUCGGGUUCUGCAGUUCAAUACAGCUGUAGGCUUCCUUAAGGUUGCUGUAGCCCGAUGCAUGGAAUGCUGCUAUGCAUGGUCUAAUCUUGGUGUGGCUUUGCAGCUUUCAGAUGACCCAUCCUUAGCAGAAGAGGUUUACAAACGUGCUCUGUCCUUGGCCACUGCACAACAAGCCCAUGCUAUUCUCUCAAAUCUUGGAAAUCUCUUCCGCCAGCAAAGAAGAUUUGAAUAUGCAAAGAUAAUGUUUGAAAAAUCAUUGGAGAUUUGUCCGGGAUAUGCACUCGCACAUAACAAUCUUGGCCUGGUUUAUGUGGCUGAGGGCAGGUGGGAAGAUGCUACAAACUGCUUUGAGAAGGCUUUGCAAUCAGAUCCUCUUCUGGACGCUGCAAAAUCCAACAUGAUCAAAGUAGCUGCCAUGUGUACUACUGCAGGUUCCUCCAAGUGAUGCGAGUUUUUUAAGAACUUUCUUUUAGAAUAAUUUGAUUGACUAGAUGAAGAUUUCAUCUAGAUGCUUUUAUACAUCUUUCUGCUGGGGUAUGAGACAAGUACUCAUUUAGAAACUUCUAAAUUAUCUUGAACACAACUAAAUUAAAAAAUGGGGAAAACAUAAACAAUGUAUGCAUUUGAAGAGUGUUGAAUUGAUCUAUGUGAUACAUAA